AUGCAAAUCAGUGAAACGAUUCUGCUUAUUAUCACAGCAGUAGUAACAGCAAUAUCGGCAUUAUUUUGCAUUAUAUCAUUGGCGACUUCAAGAUGGACACUCACAUAUGGUUUAUUUUGUUCCGGUUGUCCAACAGCAGCACCAGCUGGUCUUUCUAUUGUUGCAUUUAUCUUAUUAAUUGCUGCUAUUGUCAUUCUUCUCUUAUUAAUCUGUCGACUUUUACCAAAAGCAAUUCGAAUAUUAUCUUUCAUAAUUCUUUUUCUUGGAACUAUCUUUACAUUAGCUUCAUAUGCAGCAUAUUUCAAUGCAGCAACUGGAUAUUCAUAUAAAUUAAUGGUUGUUGCUCAUUUUCUAUGCUAUGUAGCAUCACUUUUGGUUGCAUUUUGGCUCGGUGGCUCAUAUGCAACAACAAUAGCACCAGCAAAUUGA